AUGUCUGUCGACUUGGAUUCGCUACUUGACGAAGCUGAGGCUGGUGCCCCUUUCCACACCAUUGCAAUCGCCAUUCGAUCGCUUGAGCAGCGAAUAGACCAUUUGCUCGCAGCAAUUGACAGGUGCACACACGACAUUUUUGGUCCAUCGGCCAAAGCCGAGAAGAAAGAAUUCAAAUGCUGUGACUCCGACUCCUUCGCACACCAUCGUCAUCUCGCCACCGCUGCUCUACGGCUAUCAACUCCUCCGCUCAUCGUCGUCAGUCAUCUCCCCUCCACAACACAACCCAUACAGCCGCCCACGUCUAAGUGA